AUGGAUAAAUCCACACAAGAGCUCUUCUUGAACUUUAUGGUGGUUUUGAUGACCGUGCUACUUAUGUGGCUACUUGUUAAGUCCUAUCAGGAGUGAGGCACUGUCUUCAAUGUAAAACCAGCUUUUACAAUAAAUUGUGGGAGUUUGUCAUG